UCAUCCAAUUUUAAUCCAAUUAGAUCCAAUUUCAAUGUGCACUUCUGUUUAACCUACAGUUUUCUUAAAUUAAGCAGGUGUCGGAGUUGUUGUGAAUGACUGAGAUUUGAAUAUCAGGUGCACUUUAUUUGGAAACACUAGACCCCCUGCUAGGUGACCUAGAAAAUCGCUGAAAAUAUUCAAAAACUAGAGAGCAGUGUAACUAGAUACUGUGAGUCAUAUUAUUAUUACUUCCUUCUGUUGUAUGAGUGAGUGAGUGAGUGAGUGAGUGAGUGAGUGAGUGAGUGAGUGAGUGAGUGAGUGAGUGAGUGAGUGAGUGAGUGAGUGAGUGAGUGAGUGAGUGAGUGAGUGAGUGAGUGAGUGAGUGAGUGUAAGUGUGAAUGUGAGUGAGUGUGAAUGUCAGUGAAUGUCAGUGAGUGAGUGAGUGUGUUAGUGAGUCAGUGAGUGAGUGAGUCAGUGAGUCAGUGAGUCAGUGAGUCAGUGAGUCAGUGCGUCAGUGAGUCAGUGAGUGAGUCAGUGAGUCAGUGAGUCAGUGAGUCAGUGAGUGAGUCAGUGAGUCAGUGAGUCAGUGAGUCAGUGAGUCAGUGAGUCAGUGAGUCAGUGAGUCAGUGAGUGAGUGAGUCAGUGAGUCAGUGAGUGAGUGAGUGAGUGAGUGAGUGAGUGAGUGAGUGAGUGAGUGAGUGAGUGAGUGAGUGAGUGAGUGAGUGAGGGAGUGUGAGGGAGUGUGAGGGAGUGUGAGGGAGUGAGUGAUUGACUGAGUGAGUGUGAGUGAGAGUGAGUGAGUGAGUGAGUGUGUGUGAGUGAGUGAGUUUGAGUGUGUGAGUUUGAGUGUGAGUGAGUGAGUGAGUGAGUGAGUGAGUGAGUGAGUGAGUGAGUGAGUGAGUAAGUGAGUGAGUGAGUGAGUGAGUGAGUGAGUGAGUGAGUGAGUGAGUGAGUGAGUGAGUGUGAGUGUGAGUGUGAGUGUGAGUGUGAGUGUGAGUGUGAGUGUGAGUGUGAGUCUCUGUUGGUGGUGCGCAAGUGUGAAACAUGCGAUGUCUAUGUUAAAAGUUAAUUUAACUUUGUUUACACUCUUUAUCAUUAGUCGCAGUGAAUUCAUACCUGGUUAUUGUUAUUGCAACAACAAAAACAUUCCACAUGUACACACGAGGUUUAAAUGACAACAAGCUGUGUUCUUUGUUUACAUUCGUCGGUAAAUUAAUCUAAUUAUUCAUCAAAUUAACCACCAUCGACUUCCUACAUUUCCUACAUUUUUUGAUUUGUCUCCGUUGCGUUUCUUCCCUUCUUCUCCCCCCGGCGCUCCCGGGACCACAUUGCCGAAUGUUUAUAUCUGGGAACAAUGAUGUACGUACUGCAGCCGUUCCCACGGAGUAAUCAAGCUACCCUCGCUCAGGAGAUGGAGGAUCCAGGAGUAAACCUGGCUGACCUGACUCCCGAGGAGAGGGAGGCUUACGAACUGAAACUGCAGUUACAAGAAAAGAGGCAAGAAGUCCGCGAUACGUCGCUCUUUGAUGAGGCUCAAACUGCAGAACAUGUUAAUGUCAAGAUAAGGAGGAGACGAGAUCUCAAGGGUCAUCUUACCAAGGUUUACGCGAUGGACUGGAGCGCAGACGCGCGACACGUGCUGAGCGCUAGCCAAGACUCCAGGCUCCUCGUCUGGGAUACCUACAGUGGUAACAAGAUCCACGCUAUUGAGCUGAAGUGCUCCUGGGUCAUGUGCUGCUCAUACGCACCCUCCGGAAAUUUGGUCGCAUCCGGCGGACUUGAUAACGUGUGUUCGGUGUAUGAUCUGAACGAUGAAGACGCAAAUCUAAGCGGAAAGGCUAUCAAAGUGCUGACGGGCCACGACGGAUACCUUGGAGAAUGCCAGUUUCUCUCUGACAAACAGAUACUGACAAGUUCAGGCGAUCACAUGUGUAUUUUGUGGGACAUUGCAACUGGACAACAAAUCACAACCCUCAAAGAUCAUCUGGGAGAGGUUGACUGUCUGAGUAUCCUGCCCGAUAACAACACUUUCCUCUCAGGAUCAACGGACGCUACAGUGAAGUUGUGGGAUCUGAGAGAAGGAAUGUGCAAGCAAACCCUUGUGGGCCAUUUGUCGGACGUCGUGGACUGCAAAUGGCUGGCCAACGGAUUAAACUUCGUGACAGCUAGUGAUGAUGGAAUCGUACGAUUAUUUGACAUAAGAUCCGACCAAGAAAUCGCACAGUAUAGUUACGAAUACCCACAAGCGGGUGUCUCCUGUGUCGAUACCUCGCUCAGCGGGAGGAUCAUAUUCGCGGGUUACGACGAUUUUAAUGUAAUAUUGUGGGACACGCUGCUCGGAGACCUGUUGUAUGUGCUCAGUGAACACGGAGCCAAAGUCAGCUGUUUGGGUGUCGAUAGAGAUGGCGUGGCGCUGUGUACAGGUUCCUGGGACAAUUUACUCAAGAUUUGGAACUAGGAUAUUAUCAUUAUACUAUCAUUACAUGAUGUCUGUACGAUGGAUUUUUCGGAAAUUAGAGUUUCAUCAGUGAGAAGAGAAGGGUCAGUCAGCAGUAUAACCGUAAUAUUAUCCUUCCUUAAUUUCUGGUAAUUUUGAGAGUUUUAUACGAAAUUACCGGCCACUAACUAAACACUUGUCACGUUACCUGUGCGGUAAUAUGCUUAGAUUUGGUUCCACGAACAAGGGAAUCUUCCUUUAUCUUGUCAGAUACUCAGAGCAAGAAUACGUUCCUGGUAGAAAGCUGACAGAACCAGGCAACUGAUCAAAACGACAGACUAAAAUCUCCAUCAACCUGAUUCAUGGAUAAAAGUCCACUUUUUACAGAAAAGGCCGUCAUUCUCUGACCGCUCUAUUUAAAGAACUGUUCCAAAUGUGAAAAUAAAGCUUGUAGCAAUGAAACAAGCUUCACACACUCUUCAUUUAUAAGACUGAGUCACAUUAACAUCUCAAACCGCAUUUAAAUCUCUUUGUACAAGUUCACCAAAACAUUAGACAAAUAAAUAGCGAAUAUUUACUUUUAGCUCAGUAGUUCCAUUCAGUCCAAUUUCUAGUUUUUUGCCUGUUUGCACAUUUUGCACACUAGUUAGUUUUGCACAUAUUGAUAUCAUGUAUUAAUUAAAGCUUGGUUUUUUUGCCGCUCUGUUGCAGUAGUAGUAGGUAGGUUUUUUUUGGAGAAAGCGAAAUUAUUUUCAGUGAUGAGUUUUCAAAAUAUCAUCAUCUUUUGUGCACGUUCUGUGUCAAGUAUAAUGCAAUCAUUAAGUUAAAAUAAUACACAGUAUGAUCCAACUCCGCUUUAAUAAGAUUUAUGAAAAGUUUAACCUCUUUUUUAGUAUUAAAUUUAAAAUAAUUUAGUACAAUGUAAUCACGGAAACAAUUUAAAGGCGUUUUCACUCAUUUGAAACUAAUGAUGGAGAAUCUUUAUAUCAAGUUAAGAUAUAAGAUAUUUAAUGAAGGAGCAUUAAACUGAGAAACUGGUUAUGUGGUUAAAGAAAUUCUUAUCUUUAACGACCGAGUUUUUAUGAAUUUUUGAUCGCGUAUAAUAGACUUUUGGUUUGUGUUAUUAUGUCUCAAUAUUAUAUUUGUAAUUGAAUCUGAGUUUAAUGUUUUGAACAAAAUCC